CGAUCACACUACUUCUGUCUUUCCUCUCGCUAUUUUCGCCCCACCUAGAAAAUGACGAGACGCACCACUUCCACCAUGUCCGAUACCUCUCGUCGCGUUACCCCAGCCACGCGGCCGAGCAUACCAGAGCUCCUCGCGCAAAGCCGCCACCUGAGCGCUGCCUCGAUCAGGACGAUCACAGAGGUAAUGUCUCGCAAGCGCCUCAAUCCUUUCGGUGAGGAGGACACCGACGGAGGCCCUCCGGCCAGAAAUCUUCGGACUACCCGGAGCAGCAGCUCUGUCCAAGGACAGGCCGUUGAUAGAGCCAGUAAUGGCAAGAGGUACCGUGAUGCGACAGCACCGGACCUCGUAGGGGAGCGCAGCUCCGCCUUGAACCGUCUUCCUGCCAGUGGCCGUGAUGACGAGUCCGCUCGUCGGAGCCCUUUGAAGCGGCCAGCAGACGACGACCUCAAGCUUCCGAGUGCCAAGCGCCUCACUUUUCCCUUCCCGCGCCUCGCUCCAACCUUCCCGCGCAGGUCUCUUUACGGCCCGUUUGGACCUCGAGUCCAUCGUUCAUGGGGGCUGCAGAACGCUCCGAAGAAAGAGGAAGACCUCGAGGAAGCGCAUCUUGUGGCGCUUGCCUUGGAGGCAAAUCUGCUCGCUGAAGCAGAUGGAAGCAGACCGUUGGAUGGGGGGAUGAAGACCUCGACGACCGAGGCGGAAGAGAAUGGCAAGGAUGGGAAUCCUUCAAUUGCCGGUUUGACCCUCGAGCGACAGCUCCAGAAAGAGAUCGUGCCCGUGCGCUUUGCGGAUGAGGACGAGAUCUUGGAAGAGCCGGGAAUGAGGCAAGCGGCGGAAGAUCCGGAGGAAGGAUUCCUGGCCGAAGCGCAGCCGAGGCGGGACAUGGAGGAGGGGGUCGCUGGCGAAGAGGCACUCCAGAUGAGAACUUACUGGCCCGUGAUAGCCAGUAUGGUUGUCACGAUUCUCCUUUUGCUAUCGGCGGCCGAAAGGCAAAUUUAG